AUGGCAUCCCAUUUUCUUUUGUUAGGAAUCUUGGCUAUUGUUUGUUCUACUGCAUUGGCCUCUGACCCGAGUCCUCUUCAAGAUUUCUGUGUUGCAGACUUGACAAACCCAGUGCUAGUGAAUGGUUUGGUUUGCAAGAAUCCAAAGAUUGUACAAGCAAAAGAUUUUUCUUUCAGCGGGCUUAACUUGGCUGGCAAUACUACAAAUGCAGUUGGAUCGCAGGUGACACCAGUAUUUGUAGCUCAAUUGGCAGGGCUUAAUACUCUUGGAAUCUCCAUGGCCCGUAUAGAUUUUGCACCUGGAGGUAUCAACCCCCCACACACACAUCCACGGGCUAGUGAAAUUCUAACUGUCCUUCAUGGCACCCUCAACGUAGGGUUUGUCACCUCUAAUCCAGAAAAUCGUCUCAUCAUGAAAGUACUUCAGACGGGGGAUGUAUUUGUGUUUCCCCAGGGUCUCAUCCACUUCCAGCAAAACAUUGGACCCACCAAUGCUGUUGCAAUAGCAGGCCUGGGCAGCCAAAACCCAGGAGUUAUUACCAUUGCAAAUGCCGUGUUUGGAUCAAAUCCUAAGAUCACUAGUGAUCUUCUUGCGAAGGCUUUCCAAGUGAAUCCAUACGUUAUCAAUUUGAUUCAGUCACGGUUCUAA